AUGAAACAAAGAAGAAGGAUUAAUCAUUUAGGGCCGUUAAACCAUGUGGGGGUGGUGGUAGAGUCGGUGGAGGAAGUGAGGGAAGUGGUGUUCAAUCAUUUUAGCAACAAGUUUUUUGAAGUUGAAAGUGUGAGACCGACCUUGGACGGUAUUCAUUUUAGAUCCAUAAGCGGUGGAGAAGCUUCGGAGAUUGAAAAACCUUUUCUUGAAAAUGAGAUUAAAGAGGCAGUGUGGAAUUGUGGUGGGGAGAAAAGUCCGGGUCCGGAUGGGUAUUCUUUUCUUUUUUUAAAGAAGUGUUGGCAUAUUACCAAAGUUGAUUUUGUUAACUUCUUCAAGUCUUUCUUUGAAGGAAAUUUUAUUUCAAAGACGGUGUGUUCUUCAUUCCUUACUCUUAUUCCCAAGUGCAAAAAUCCUUUGAGUUUGGACGAUUAUAGACCUAUUUGUUUGGUGGGAUGCAUGUACAAGGUGGUGGUUAAGCUUUUGGCGGGUAGAUUAAAAGGGGUACUUAAUUCGAUCAUAUCUAAUUCUCAAAGUGUUUUUGUUCCUGGGCGGCAAUUGUUGGAUGGUGUUCUAGUGGCGAAUGAGGUGGUGGAUUUUGCUAGAAAAGAGGGAAAAAUUGUCUUCUUUUCAAGGUUGAUUUUGAGAAGGCUUAUGAUAAGUGUGGACAUCCUUCAAUUUGUGGAUGACACGUUGAUUGUGGGAGAGGGGAAUUGGAAACAUGUUCGUGCUUUGAAAGUGGUUCUUAGGGCUUUUGAAAUUGUUUCGGGGUUAGGCAUUAAUUUCCAUAAAAGUAAAUUAAUUGGGAUUAAUUCUAACAAUCACUUUUUGGAUGCCGUGUCUCACUUUCUUUCUUGCAAGAGAGAGGAGUCUUGCUUUCAUUUCCUUGGUAUUCCGAUUGGUUGUAAUCCGAGGAAGGAAUCUACUUGGAAUCCUCUAGUGGCUAAAAUGAAGAGUAUAUUGGAAGGUUGGACAAACCGGUUCUUGAACUUAGGUGGAAGGAUUACUCUUUUGAAGUCCGUGCUUAGCUCCUUAGCUAUUUUCACUAUGUCUUUCUACAAAGUUCCGUCUAGAGUGGUGAAGAAAUUUACUAGCAUCCAAAAUAAAUUUCUUUGGGGGGGAGUGGAGGAUAAGAGGAAAAUUCAUUGGGUGAAGUGGAGCGAUGUAAAUUUUCCUUUGGAGGAUGGAGGGUUAGGUGUGAAAAAUAUCAACUUGUUUAAUUUUGCUCUCCUUUGUAAAUGGAGAUGGAGAAUUCUUGAAGGGAGUAAUUCUUUAUGGUAA